AUCGGCGUUCCGCACAUGCUGCGACUGAGUCACUUGCGCAGGCGGCCUGGUGAACGAGGCCGAUCAUAUUGGCGGGGAUUCCCUGAGAGCAUGCGAAUCACGACAGUGUGGAAUACGAUAACUUUAAUGGCCGCCACCUUUACUUGUUAGUGUAGCACCAGGAUGGACCUGGGCCCAAAUGCAUCCUCCAGUAUGCUGUCUAACAUGUCCGGACUGAAGCUGAACUUUGAGAGUUUUGAUGAUGAGGUUUCAAAGGAGAGCAACGACCUCACUGUAGAUGCAAGCUUUCCAUCCUCUGAUGGCAACUUCAUGGCUGGCGGCAGCGACAUUGGAGGUGGUCUGUCAGCAGGGGCAGGUAACUCCGUAGGAGAGGCUGGAGAUGGCGAGGCCAAGAGAAAAGGUGGCUGGCCAAAAGGACGCAAAAGAAAAAAGAGUUUAAAAGAUGUCAAUGCUCCCAAACCAGCCCUUACAGGAUACAUCCGGUUCCUGAAUGAACGUCGUGAGCAACUGCGACAGGAAAACCCAAACCUGACUUUCUCAGAGAUCACCAAGAUGCUGGGAGCAGAGUGGUCCAAACUAGGGACUACAGACAAACAGCGUUAUCUUGACGACGCAGAGAAGGACAAGGAGCGGUAUCUGAAGGAGAUGGAGGCAUACCAGAAGACGGAGGCAUACAAAACCUUCAGAAUGCAGCAAAAGAAGCUACGAGGUGAUCUUGGAGAAGAGACUGAGAGUACAGGGUUGAAUGGAUCUUCUCUAGAGAUGUUGAACAAUGAGGAUGAUGAAAGUGGCACAUUUGACAUCCCCAUCUUCACUGAAGACUUCCUGGACCACAAUAAAGUGCGUGAAGCGGAAUUGCGUCAGCUGAGGAAGCAGACAACGGAGUUGGAGGAACAGAAUGCCAUCCUCAGUAAACACAUAGAGAACAUGAAGCACGCCAUUGAGAAGCUGGAGAUCGAGGCGGUGCAGCAGCGGAGCACCAACAUGGCUCUGCAGACCCACCUCGACAACCUGCGCACAACACUUACCACGCACUUUGCCUCCGUGUCUCUCCCAGGGUCAGGAGAGACGCCAUCACUGGAGACGAUUGACACAUACAUGGCCAAACUACACACGGUGAUCCUCGACUCCCCUCAGGAGAAUGAAUCUCUCAUUGCCACCGUUAGAGAAAUAGUCGGAAGACUCAACAUUGAAGGUGACAAGUUAUGACGAGAACAAGAAAGUGUCAUUGAUGUAGAGCUCAUCUUGGACUAGUGGUUGUUCUAAUGAUGAUGUGGACCUGCCUGGCAGGAUCUGGAUCCCAGCAUCUUCAGUUGCUACACAGAAUGGAGAUAGUGACGGACCCUUAUGAGAAGUGCAGAUGCUGAUUUAGAGUUCUGUCUUUGUGGGUGUUCACCCUGAUGUGAUCUGGCAGACAUUUUGUGUACAGGACUUGAAGUCUUGAAUUGUGCACCUCUAGACACGGUGCGGUGUUGAUGCACACUCUUCAUCUUCAUGUGAUGUCCUCCACCACAGCAGCAGAACAAGGUGCACCUGACUCAAGGUCCUGAUGGGGGCUUGAGGGGGUGGGGGGUAUUGAGUUCAGGUGAGGGAGGGAGAGUUUCAGUUGUUUGAUUUGAUGAAUAGAGGGGGUCUUGCAUUGUAUGACCCAUCUUCCCGAGGCAAGAGAGUUAACUGACUUUAGAAGUCCAGUUUCCACCCUUGCAGACCUAGGCUGGAAUUCCUGGGCUCGAUUGUAGCGCCACCAGCGGUUAUUAUGAGUUAUGUCCCUUC